AUGGACAAAUUACCAAUUGGAUAUAUCAAAGGAAAGGGAAAUGUAUUCAAUUGUUCUUACAUCUAUAGCCAUUAGAUAAGAAGGUUCCAAAAAAUAAAAAAUACGAUUAUGUUAAGCAAACUCUAAAUACUGGACCAACAGUUCGAGACAUUGAAGUUAUUAGCAAUUCUACAAUAGCAAAAAAGAGAUCUGAGAUUUUUAAAAGAAUCAAAUGUUCUACAGUAUUGAAACUUAUUAGUGUACAUUAUUAUUUAAAUUAUAGGAAGAACCUGCAUAAGAAUCAAUACAUAAUAUAAUUGAUCAAUAAGAAUAAGAUUAAUUGAAAUAAUUUGAUGCUUAAAGUCAAUAUAGUUAAAAAACAAGAUUUACAGAAGUCUCAUAAGUUUCUGCAAUUACUUAUGCAACUGAAUAACUUGGUCUCACUGAUUAAUCUGAAUUUCUCCUUAUUGAUUUAAGAGAUCAAGAUGAUUAUUAAUUGUAUCACAUAAAAGAGGCAAUCAAUUUCCCUGCUCCAUAACUUAGAUAAGACAAACUUACUUAAUAAAUUUUUAGAUUUGUAAUAUCUUUAUCAUAAACUUUAUUCAUAGAAAAAUUAAGAAGGUAAAUUAAUCAUCAUUUAUCAUUUUGAUGAAAAAAAUGGUAUACCUUCUGCAACACUAUUUGCAGAAAAAGGCUUUGAGAAUGUUUAUCUUCUUAGUGGAGGAAUAGAAAAAUUUCUUUAAAAUCAUCCUGAAGGUGUCAUUGGAACUAAAGUACCUUAUUUUCCAAAACCAGAAUGUAAUCUAUAUUAUAUAUAAGUUAAUCAGAAAAUCCUAAUAAAAUUAUCAAAAGGUCCAAUUAUAAAGAAAGCGAAUCUUAAAUAAAUAAAUCAGAAAAAGCUAUUAGUGAUACAAAAUCAUAAAUUAGUUAAAAAUCAAAAAUAACUCGAUAAUCAAGUACUUAAAAAUAACAACAAUAAUAAUAGCAAUAGAAUUCAUAAUUCAUAGAAAAAUGA